UCUUACACAUGUCUAAUAUUUUUCGACCUAGUAUUAUCAAAUAACUUCAGUAAUAAAAAUAGUAUGUUGUGCUUUAAAAACCAAAUAACAAUGCGAAUUAAAAAACGCACAUAAUAACUACUAGUAGUAUUGCCUGAAAUCGUACUGUAUAAAUUUAACUUCAUCCCUUAAGGCGGUAGAAGUCAGGUUUUUCCGAAUCGGCCAAUUAAGGAGGGGGAUUACCUAUAAAACUAAACUAUUUUCGUCGCGGCCUUACACAGGACAACGGCUUAACGAUGAAAUUGUUGUUGGUUUUUGUCUGCCUCGUCGGGCUAGCUGUGUCUCAGGAGACCUACACCUCGCAGUAUGAUAACAUCAACGUUGACUCGAUCCUCGCGAAUGAAAGGAUCGUCCGACAGUACGUCAAGUGCCUCCUGGACCAAACGAGAUGCAACAAUGAAGGGAAAACGCUUAAAAAGAUACUUCCCGAUGCCUUAAGAACCGGUUGCAAGAAGUGCACAUCUACGCAGAAAGUGCAGGCGGAGAAAGUACUGAGACAUCUUUACAGGCAGAGGAGGAACGAUUGGAACCGGCUCAAAGCGAAGUACGACCCGUCGGGCCAAUACUCGCGGUUUUAUGAAAGUAUGCUUUAAACCGACGGUGGACCGUACAGUCAGUUUUUAACUCGGUUGGUUAUACAUUGAACCUUCUUUCCUACAAUGGAGUGAAAAGUAGUUUAAGUAGUUUAAUUUUAAAUUACUUAUUUUGAUAUAUUGUUAUAAAUAAACAUGUAAUGCAUAGAAAUACAUAUAUUAACUUGUGUAUUUGUGGUGA